AUGGCUCUUGUGAGAACAUCUCAAGGAACCUCCUCUGAUUCCAACACUUUUCGGGGUUAUCGCUACGACGUGUUCUUGAGCUUCAGAGGCGAAGACACUCGCAAGACUUUUACCGACCACCUCUACACAGCCUUGAACAACGCAGGAUUUCUCACGUUCCGAGACGACAAUGAACUUGAGAGAGGAGAAGAUAUAAAGCCAGGACUGCAGAAAGCGAUCCAGCUGUCACGAACUUCUGUUGUCGUGUUUUCGAAAGAUUACGCAUCAUCCAGAUGGUGCCUCGAUGAGCUUGUGGUGAUCCUUGAACACAAGAGGACUUCAAUUGAUCAUGUAGUUUUACCAGUCUUCUACGAUGUCGAUCCGUCCCACUUGAGGAAGCAGACGGGAAGUAUUGAAAAAGCAUUUGCUCAACACCAAAGAACUCAGUCGUCGAAAAAGGUGAAGAGAUGGAGAGAGGCACUUGCAGAGGUUGCAAAUCUAGCAGGCAUGUUCUUAGCUGAUGGGUACGAGUCAAGGUUUAUUGAAAAAAUUGUUAAAGUGAUUGAAGAUAAGUUAAGUCGCGUGCCAUUGAGUGUUGAACCAAAAUUGAUUGGAAUCCAUUCUCGAGUCAAAGACAUCAAUUUAUGGUUACAAGACAGAUCAACUGAUGUUGGUAUACUUCUUGUUUAUGGGAUGCCUGGAAUGGGGAAGACAACAAUUGCAAAACAUGUUUACAAUUCAAACUUUAGAAGCUUUGAAAGAAGUAGUUUCAUUGAAAAUAUCAAUAAAACAGCAGAUCAACCAAAUGGCUUAGUUCAAAUACAAAUGCAACUUCUUUAUGAUCUUUCGAACAGCAAAGAAGUGAAAAUACAUGGUGUUGGUGAGGGACUAAAUAAGAUUGAAAGAGUCAUAAGCUCUAGAAGAGUUCUUCUUGUUCUUGAUGAUGUGGACCAUAUGGACCAAUUAGAUGCAGUACUAAAGAUGAAAGAUCAGUUUUAUCCGGGAAGUAAGAUACUUAUAACAACCAGGCGUGAAAGGUUGCUAAAGGCACAUCAAGUUACAAAGGUGCACAAAGUUGGAACUUUGUAUUACGAUGAGUCAUUAGAGCUUUUCAGUUGGCAUGCUUUUCGCCAAGACCAUCCCCUUAGAGGUUACAUGGAAUAUUCAAAAAAGGUUGUACACUAUUGCGACGGACUUCCAUUAGCUCUAAAAGUUUUGGGUUCUUCUUUAUCUGGGGAAAGUACAGAUGUAUGGGAAAGUACAUUGGAGAAGCUAAAAGUUAUCCCUAAUGGUGAAAUCAUGAAUAAACUAAGAAUAAGCUAUGACAGUUUACAAGAUGACCAUGAUCGGAAAUUAUUCCUCCACAUUGCCUGUUUCCUAAUAGGAAAGAACAAAAGCCACAUUGUUAGAAUACUCGAUGGAUGUGAUUUCUAUACAAUUGUUGGCAUUCAAAAUCUCAUUGAUAGAUGCUUGGUGACAAUUGAUGGAUGCAACAAAGUGCAAAUGCAUGACAUGAUCCGUGACAUGGGAAGAGAAAUUGUUCGCCAUGAAUCAGAAGAGCCUGGAAAACGUAGUAGAUUAUGGCGCUAUAAGGAUUCUUUCGAAGUACUGAGGGAAAAGAAUGGUACAAAAAAAAUCCAAGGUCUUGUCCUGAAUAUGCGUAUGCAUCCUGCAAACAGUCCAAUAAACACAAAUGAGACAAUCUUGGAAACCAAUGCAUUUGAAAGGAUGAGCAAAUUACAACUACUACAUCUUGGUCAUGUACAACUAGAUGGAUGUUAUGCAGAUUUGCCUACAGGAUUAAGAUGGUUGUGUUGGCUUCAAUUUCCUUUGGAUUCUAUACCUAUUGAGUUUCCUUUGGGGUGUCUAAUUGUUCUUGAAAUGCAAUACAGUAGCUUGAGACAAGUCUGGAAAGGAACAAAAUUUCUUCCAUCAUUGAAGAUCCUUGACGUCAGCCAUUCCCAUGCCCUUAGUGAAAUCAUUGACUUCUCACUUUGCCCCAAACUAGAGGAAUUGAUUCUUGUGGAUUGCACCAGCCUGAUCGAUGUUCAUGAAUCCAUUGGAAACCUGGAGAGACUCGUGUACUUGAAUAUGAAAGAUUGCAAGAAUCUUAGGAUGCUUCCGAAGAACAUGUGCAUGCUUAAAUCACUUGAAACACUCAUUUUAUCUGGUUGCUCAAAUCUUGGUGAGUUUCCAGUGGAGAUGAUGAAGGAGAUGGAGUCUUUAGAGGUUCUUGCAACAGAUGGAAUUCCAUUAAGGCCAGAAAGAAGUUCAACUAUCUUGAGUUCUUUUCCAUGCUCUUUGGUAAAGUUAAGUCUGAAGGGGUGCAAUCUUUCUGACGAUGUCUUUCCUACGAAUUUAAGUAAUCUAUCCUACUUGCGAAGCCUACAUUUAGAUGAGAAUCCAAUUUGCAGUCUGCCAGUUUUCAUCAAAGGUUUGAGAAGGCUCGAUCAUCUAUCUUUCCAGGAUUGUAAUAGGCUCGAAUCGCUUGUGGGGUUGCCGAAAGUACACCAAACGACAGAUAUAGUCGGAUGCAUAUCAUUAAGAAAAAUAAAAUAUCUUUCCCAUGAGCGACGGUCCAAAAUGUAA